UAAUAAAACGCAAGUUUGUAAUGGUGGAAGUAGGACUAAGGCAGAAUUUACGUUUCGGGGCAUUGAUGUCGUUAAUCUAGUUAUUUUAUGAAACUUGAGUUGUUAAUUAUGGUAUUCAUGCGGUUAACAAAAUAAGGGAUAAUAUUGUUUCUGGAAAAGCGUAUACUCGUAUAAUAGCGACGUGAUAUUUGACAGAUAGUACAAUGGCUGCAACCAGGAGACUUCAAAAGGAAUUAAAUGAUAUUAGACAAUCGGGAUUAAAAUCGUUCAGGGAUAUCCAGGUAGAUGAAUCAAACAUCCUGACAUGGCAAGGAUUAAUUGUACCAGAUAACCCACCUUACAACAAAGGGGCAUUCCGGAUUGAGAUUAACUUCCCUGCUGAAUACCCAUUCAAGCCUCCCAAGAUUAGCUUCAAGACAAAAAUCUACCAUCCCAACAUAGAUGAGAAAGGCCAGGUCUGUCUGCCUAUCAUCAGCGCUGAGAACUGGAAGCCAGCCACCAAGACUGAUCAAGUUAUCCAAGCCUUAGUUGCUCUUGUCAAUGAUCCCGAACCAGAGCACCCGCUGCGUGCAGAACUUGCUGAAGAAUUCCUCAAAGACAGAAAGAAGUUUACAAAAAAUGCAGAGGAAUCUACUAAGAAACAUAGUGAGAAGCGGCCUUCGGACUAAGCUCAUUGAUUAGGCCUUUGUAGCUUGGAUUAACAGCAGUGGGCAAGUCAUAUUGCUAUUUACUGGUUUACUUACCUCCAUUUAUUUAUAUUAUUUACUAAGUUUUCCUGUCCCUGUUAUGUUACCCUGAGAACUUGCAUUUUGUAGUUGUUAAUAAUACUGUGUCAUUAACUUAUUUAAGUCACAUUUCUGAAGUUAGUCUUAUUAAAAGUAUGUUUAUAUGAUAAUAUGCAACAUACAAAGUCAAUUGUCAACUGCAAGAAUUUCAGUAGUACUGCUGUUAAUUCAGCUACAUCAGCUUAUCUUCUAGCAUUGAAGUAGCUUUUCACUACUAUGUUGCUUGUAAUAACUAUUGUGCACAGAUUUAUAUACACUAAGCAAUUAGUGAAGCAAUUGCAGAGAUAAAAGCUUAAAAUUAAUGCUUAUUCUUAAAUUAGAGGUUUGGAAUUGUAUUUAAUAAGUCAGGUAACUGGAAAAUUAAUUAUUUCAAUACUUUUAUAUCUGUCUCAAAAUAAUUUUUGUGGUCAAUUGACCUUGAGAGACAAUAAAUUUAUCUGCGUAUUAUUUUAAUUAUUUUGGACUUCGUAAGUUCGUAAACCUUAUGCUUGAUGUCGAAAGUAAAGUAAUAUGCAAGUGUUAUGAUCCCGUCAGGAAAUGUGUACAUGUAAAUAUUUGCA